GUUGCCUCGCACAGCGACCACAGACCUUUGCUCUUACACCCACCAUGCGGGCAGUGUACAAGAUACUGCCGCUCCUCGGCGCGCUCUACCUCGUGCACUGGCGCUGGCGCGCGCGCGACGCCUGCGCGGGUUGGGAUCCUGGCUCUGACGCCGACGCUCCGGGAUGCUUGCGCGCGCAGCAGUACCGCGAGUUCCAGGCGUUCUGGGCUUCCAACUCCUCGCUCGACGACAUCAACUUCCACGCCCUCGCGGGCGCCGAGCGCUGCGUGCCUGGCAUAACGCACUGUCCGCCCCGGCCGCUCGUGAUCAUCGACUACCGGUACUGGAACCGGGCGGCGCGCGACCGCGCAGGGCCCGGCGAGGUUAUGUGGGGCUGGACGGUGAACGACGCCGUGCGUGCCGCGGGCUUCACACCCAUCUUCUACGAAGGGACCGACGAGCACGGGGGUGUCGCGGCGCGCCGAGCCUGGGGGCCGCAAGAGCCGCGGACAUAUUUGGAGGUUCUGGGGAGCGCGCGCGCGCUCUUGGGGAUCGGGAAGCCGGAGAUCAGUCCGACACCGUAUGAGGCGCUCUACCGCGGCGUCCCCGUCGUGCUUGCAUACAUCAAACCCGACCCAGAGGGCUGGGAGGUGUUUUAUGACAAGGCGGUGCAGCACGGGCCGGUGAUGGCGCUCGGCGAGCCCGACGGGAAUGAUCUGGUGGACAAAUUGCGGCGGGCGAUGGAGACGCCGUUUGGGUCUUU